GUAUCCCCUUACCAUUCUGCCAUCGGGCUUUGAGGCUUUGGAGCUUAUGGGUGGUUGCGAUUCCCAAUUUAACGAAGCUAAACAAUGAGUUCCAAGAAAGUAGACAGGCUUACUAGGUUGCCUGAAGAGAUUCGUUCACACAUACUCUCUCUAAUGCCUACCAAAUUUGCUGUUCAAACUAGCAUUUUAUCCAAGAGAUGGAGGUAUAGCUGGAUGUUUGUCACAAACCUUGACUUUGAAUUUAUACCCGCCAUCCAUGGUUUAAAUAGCUUCCUAGAAUCUGUGGAUCUUGUAAUGGAGUUAUGCAAAACGUCUCAGCUUCAAUCAUUUCGGUUAGACUUUCCUGGUUGGCGUCUUCCAAACUCAAGAGUAUCAAAUUGGAUUGACAAGGCAGUGAGGUUAAACGUUUGUGAGCUUGACAUAGAGGUUAUCGAGCAGGUUGAGUUGCCGUUAAGCCUUUUUACUUGCAAGACACUCACAAAAUUAAGAUUAAAAACCGCCUUUCGGGAGUGUCCAUGUCGGGUCAAUCUUCCAUGUCUAAAAACCCUUGCCAUCUUUGUUUAUAAAAAUCCUUUUCUCAAUGCCUUUAAACUCAUUGCUGGUUGCCCGGUGCUUGAAAGUUUAUAUUUGAAAGUAUCAUUUUACGAUGGUGUCGAAGAUUACAUAUUUCGUAUUCCUACUCUAAAACGACUGAAGCUCACAUUUCUAUGUUCACCAGUUGUCAACAAAGUUGUUUUAGACGUCCCUAAUCUUGAAUAUCUAUUCGUUGGUGGAACACCAUGCUCAAUAUUUGUAAUGAAAAAUGUAUCGUCUCUUGUUGAGGCAUCUAUUUCGUUAUAUGACUUUACAUAUGACCAUCUACAAAAAUUAACAUUUGAGCAUCUGUGGGCUGAGCUUCUAAAGGGAGUAAGUGGAGUUAAAUCACUUUCAAUUAAAAGAAUGUCAUCUACUUUACAUCUGCCUACAUUUCUGAAUAUGAAGCACUUGGAGUUGAAAAGUUUUUGGCCUUCUCGACGAAUCCUGCAAUUUCUGGAAAAUUCUCCUGAGCUAAAACAUCUUUAUAUUGACAAGCUUGAAGGUUCUUGUUGGAUUGAACCAAAGUUGGUUCCCGCUUGUAUGCCAACAAACCUUACAACCAUCAAGUUUUCAGUUUACAAGUGGUCGAAAUGUGAUAUACCGUUUCUGAAAUACACGCUAGGGAAUGCAGAGGUGUUAAAGACAGUAACGAUCACUUGGGAAGACUCAAGAGUCGAAGAAGAAUCCGAAUUGUGUGCAGAGUUGCUUAAGCUUUCAAGGGCUUCCAGAUACUGUGAGAUCCAUUUUCUGAAAUGAACGUCAUAUGUACUUUGCAAUCUAGAAAUUCUCUUUUGUUCAUGUGGCAUGCGAUGACUACACUUGAGACAAUCAUGGUUUAUUAUAUAGAAAACAAUGUGAUGACUGGUUUUUGGAUCUCUUCAAGGGUUUUUUUUUUUAUUUUCCUGUCUAUAUGG